GAUUUCUUCAGUAAAUCUGACCCAUUUCUGGAAAUUUUUCGUAUGAAUGAUGAUGCAACCCAGCAGCUUGUACAUCGAACUGAGGUUGUUAUGAAUAACUUAAGCCCAGCCUGGAAAUCAUUCAAAGUAUCAGUCAAUUCUCUAUGCAGUGGAGAUCCAGACCGCCGGCUGAAGUGCAUAGUGUGGGACUGGGACUCCAAUGGCAAACACGACUUCAUUGGAGAAUUCACCUCGACAUUCAAGGAGAUGAGAGGAGCGAUGGAAGGGAAACAGGUAGCUAUAGAUUUCACAGCCUCAAACGGGGACCCCAGGAACAGCUGUUCCCUGCACUACAUCCACCCUUACCAACCCAACGAGUACCUGAAAGCCUUGGUGGCUGUGGGGGAGAUCUGCCAAGACUAUGACAGUGACAAAAUGUUCCCAGCCUUUGGGUUUGGUGCCAGGAUACCCCCAGAGUACACGGUCUCUCAUGACUUUGCAAUCAACUUUAAUGAAGACAACCCGGAAUGUGCAGGAAUUCAAGGAGUUGUGGAGGCCUAUCAGAGCUGUCUUCCUAAGCUCCAGCUUUACGGUCCUACCAACAUCGCCCCCAUCAUUCAGAAGGUCGCCAAGUCAGCAUCAGAGGAGACUAACACCAAGGAGGCAUCGGUAAGGAGAGGCUGGUCCUCCUGCUAAUGGGCGUUUACCUGGAUAUUGGCCUUAGCACCCAUCCCACUCUGACAAUAAAUCCAAACAUUUCUA